GCCCGCAUAUGUACACACGCAAGCCGCUGCGAUCGCGAAAGUUAUGAUAGACGCUGGUGAAUCCCUCCUCGACAACACUGAUUUUGAUGAGCUCCUGCUAUCUAACUUUGUCCUGUAUAUUCUGUUUCUCAGCUGAAGUGUUACUUUACUCUAAUAUGUAGGCCGAAUUCCAGUUUUUCAACCAAAAAUAUUGUCAUCACUGCUUUGUUCCGAACUGCACCAGUAUCAGUUGAACUUGGUUCGCUUGUUGUGAAUGGAAGUUGACUUGAGAAGUUGAGGAGCCUGUUUAGCCUGGCUGUAUUUACAGUCGAGAGGAGCAGUGACGUGCUUUUAGUUUUGCAUGUGGAGCAACCCUGUCUAAGUUAGCCUGACAUGCUUGAGGAACUCCUUGGACAGAUGCCUUGGUUCAUGGUGUAGCAGAAAAUACACCAAAUUUUAUUUUGCGGUUGCAGAAGUGGCACAUUUUAGACCGGUUUUGAGGUGACCAUUAGUGUCAUCUACCCCACAGUCAAGCUGGCGUACCCAAUGGGAACGAUGGCGGGGGCACCCACGAGUGCCGAUGCCUGUCUUAGUAUAGUACACAGCCUCAUGUGCCAUCGCCAGGGAGGAGAAUCGGAAUCUUUUGCAAAGAGGGCCAUUGAAAGUUUGGUGAAAAAACUGAAAGAGAAGAGAGAUGAGCUGGACAGCCUUAUCACAGCCAUUACCACAAACGGCGCACAUCCCAGUAAAUGUGUCACGAUACAAAGGACAUUGGAUGGCAGGUUACAGGUUGCUGGGAGGAAAGGUUUUCCACAUGUGAUUUAUGCCAGGAUAUGGAGAUGGCCUGAUUUGCACAAAAAUGAACUAAAACACUUGAAAUUCUGUCAGUAUGCAUUUGAUCUGAAAUGUGACAGUGUGUGUGUAAAUCCAUACCACUAUGAAAGAAUUGUGUCGCCUGGAAUUGAUCUGACUGGGCUAACAUUACAACACACAGGUGAGAGAACCAAUGUACAUACCGCAGGUCCUCCACGUGUGGUUAAAGAUGAGUUUGGAGGAGAAUGUAUUCAGGUGGAGCAGAACAUAUCCCACCCUCCCGGCAUGAGCAACGGGGGGAUCCAGAACAUCCAGCACCCUGCCGUACCCCUGGGCCAACCCCAUGGUCCACCCCAUGGCCCUCCCCACAGUUCAUCUCAUCUCCCGUCGCAUGGAUCACCUCACGUGUCAUCACACGGCUCCCCCCACGGAGCACCUGGGCCGUCAUCGGCUGGGCUCAGCGAUUUCAACCGUAUGCUGGCACAUCAACAAGGUCAAGUUCCUCCGCCAGUUUCCAUGCCCCCACAUUCCAUGGGUAUGCCUUCCAUCCCCCCACCAGCCCAUCAACAGCCCCCUUUCUCUGCUCCAGGUCCAUCUCAAGCCCUCUCCACUCCUCCGGUUCCUGCCCCUCCGGCUCACUCGACACCCCCUCAACCAGCCCAGCCAUCUCCUGCCAUGCACGCCAGUCAUGCAUCGGUUCCACAAGGUGCCCCACUAGCUCCAGGUCCCAGUUCAUCGGGUGGUCCAGGCCCAUCUGGUCCACCUCCUCCUCCAACCCAACAAGCCCCUAGUCAAGGACCACCGUCUGCUCCUCCCAUGCCACAACAGACUUCUCAGGGUCCUACAUCACCUGUACCAAACAUGACCUCUUCAUCUUUCCAGAGAAGUAAUUCCGAGUCAUGGGGAGGUGCAGGUCCUAGCGGGAGUACCCUCAACUACCGUCAGGGUGUCAACCCACAAGGUGUGAGUGGACAGAAUCAGUUUCAUGGUUACCAGAUGCCAAAGGACAAUGCAGCAGUGGAACCACCCCUAUCAACUCAACCAGCUCCAGAGUAUUGGUGUUCAAUAGCCUACUUUGAACUUGAUACCCAAGUUGGCGAGAUCUUCAAGAUCCAGUCCUCCUGUCCUACGGUGAAGGUAGAUGGCUAUGUAGAUCCCUCAAGAAUGGACAGAUUUUGCUUAGGACAGUUAUCCAAUGUACAUAGAACAGAGAGCAGUGAGAAAGCAAGGCUUCACAUCGGUAAGGGUGUACAGCUGGAGCUGAAAGGAGAAGGUGACGUGUGGGUCAGGUGUCUUAGUGAUCAUGCUGUCUUUGUUCAAAGCUACUACCUUGACAGGGAAGCCGGACGAGCACCCGGUGAUGCAGUUCAUAAGAUAUAUCCUACAGCAUACAUCAAGGUAUUUGAUCUCAAGCAAUGUUAUGCCCAGAUGAAGUCACAAGCAGCCACAGCUCAGGCAGCGGCAGCUGCUCAAGCAGCAGCUGUAGCAGGACAUGUACCUGGUCCAUCAUCCGUAGGGGGAAUAGCACCAGCAGUCCGUUACUCGGCUGCAGCAGGGAUUGGAGUGGAUGACUUGAGGCGACUGUGUAUAUUACGGAUGAGUUUUGUGAAGGGUUGGGGUCCAGACUACCCACGACAGAGCAUCAAGGAGACUCCAUGUUGGAUUGAAAUUCACCUUCACAGAGCACUUCAACUCUUGGACGAGGUCCUUCACACGAUGCCUCUCAUGGAACCGCAUCCUAUAGACUGAGCCAUCUCAUUGGCAUGGCAACAAACUUUAUAUCUGAUUUUUGCAGCGAAUGAGGAUUCUCAUGGUAUGUGUGACUUGACAAACGAGGCUGCGAUUAUAUCACUUUUGCCCUUCGCUGCAUUCAAAGGAAAGACUUGGAAAAGGACCCUUCAAAAGGCUGUGAAGCUUUACAGAUGAGCUCCUUUGAAUCGUGUGUGAAGUUGCGGCAUGUUUUCUAUUUCAUAUCAGGCCUCAUAGCUCGGCUGAAUGAAUUAUCCCAUGGUGGAAUCUGUUUUAAAAUUAUUGAGAGACACAAGGUCUGUGUUGAACCUUGCCAGUGAAACCAAAGGAGGAAUGGUGCUAUGUUUACAGGGGAACUUGUUUGCUUGGAGUUCAUGCAACUCUUUCUUGGCAUUACAGAAGAGUACAAUACAAAUGCAUCUGGCUGAUUAUUGCUGAAUUUGGAAAUCUGAUUUUGUUGGGCCUGACCAAUCAGCUAUAGACCUUAUGCAUGUGAAGUCAUCGCGCCGCCAUCUUAGUGGCUGAAGCCCACGCAUUGGUGAUCUGCAGCUGCAUCUCUGACAACUCUGUUUAGGCAUAUUCCCAUGUCCUCUAAGGGAGGGCGCUAUUGAGAUUAUCAUCAUAUGCAUAAGGCCUAUUGAGAGAAACUGAUGUGAUGGAAGAUGGAUAUUACUUUAUUCAAAUAGAUUCACAGAGAAAAGAAAAUGUGGGUGGAGUUUUUAGUUGUAAUGCACAUGAAAACAGCAGAUAGAGGGAGAGAGAAAGAGAGUACUGGGGUAUGAAAGACACAGGAGAUUAUUACAAAGGCCAAGGCAAUUGAUUUUUUGGUAGGCUUACCAUCACCAUGUUGUCAUUUAUUUGUUUACAAAUCAAGAUGAAAUAUUACAAUAUUACUAUUACAAGAUGAUCGUGUGCUUAAUUGAUUACAGGUAUGAUACUUUACUUUGCACAUCUCACCAGAGCCAGAGAUGCCUAAAACCAUGGAGAUCAUUCUCUUGAAGCAUCUUUGCAGUAAUUUUCACUGACAAACCUGCUCUCAUCCAAUGGGAUGCAAGUAUUUCAGUAGCUUGGUACUGUCAGUGAAAAUCACUGACAUAAAUUGCAUCGUGAAAUGUGGGCCCAGGCCUUGAAAGUUUAGACAUUGGUUUAUUACUCUUGUGAGGUGCAAUAUAAACAUGUGGGGUUACAACAUUAGCAAUAAAUACAAUGAAGAUGAACUAACUUGGUGUGAUCAAAUCUGUCAUUUCUUUCUUUUUUCUACUGAGGUUUAGUCUUUUGGCAUGUGAACAAAAAUACUGAGGCAGAAACAAAAAAGAACCUUGCCUCAUUUCUUUCUUUGGAAGCACUCUUUGUGAUGUUUCUAAAGUGCGUUGCUAAACACGUGUAUUUAUAUGAAAAUAUUGUGAAUAUUGUAUCAUAUGGAUAUUUCUGAGUCGCUAUUAUGUUUGUAAUUUUCUCAGUUAUAAUUUUUCUUCUUCAUUUUACAGAUUGUUGAAUUUUGAGUAGUACUAUACUGAAAAAAAUAAAUACCCUUCAAGCUUUCUGUUGAUGUAGAUCAUGUACUAUUUUUUUUUCUAUGUCUUCCAUGAAUAUCAUGCUAUUGAAUGAUCAGGUGAUUUCAUGGGGAGUGCUGUUCUCUUCUUCAAACUGCUUUAAAUGCUUGGGGUUUAAAAAUGUGAUCUCAUUCCCUAGUGAGUUUUACUUGUAAAUAACUUUGUUGAUAUUUAGCUUGAUUUAGCAGAAAUAUAUGUACAUUGUCUCCUGAUGAGGACUUUUCUUCGAUCAUUUCUGACUGACUCGUGUGUUGAUUUCAAAAUGACUUCCUGAUUUAAUGCUGCCUGUAUACUUUCAUUAACUUGAAGAGAUGAAAUGCCCCAUACUAGUGCAAAUACAAAGUUUUUAAAGUUUAAGGAAUGUGAAUUUAUCAAUAACACCAGUGAACUUUUCAACCAUAGUUUGGACACAAUCAUGAUCUUCAAGAGUCAGGUUUAUAAAAGACAGAAUUCUUGAUUCAUUUAGGAAUAAAUGAGAACAGAAUUAUUCAAGGAACACACACAUUGCUUAUUAAAGAAAUCUCUAUUUUUCAUGCCACUUGUUUGCUGAUAUAUAUUUUAUGAUCAAUACCUGAAUGCAAUGCUUGCUGCUUUAUGUAGAGUUGGUAUAAAUGAGUUAUACCAGUUUGAAUCAUGAUUAUUCAAAAUCUGCGAACAAAUUUAUUUGAACAAAAUACAGUUUAUAUUAGUGUUAUCAGUCAUGGUAUGAUUUUCAUUAUUAAUGAGCUUAUCUGAAAUACGUAAGAAGAUAUUGUUUUUUUCUUCUCAAAUGCCUGAUCAAGGUCUUGUAUACCUGUAUGUGUUUUUCUUGAGUACAUCCUCAGAAUUCCUUUGCCUUUGUUUAUGUGAAGAUCAUGUACAGUUUUAUGUUUUACAACUUUAUGCAAGUAUCUGCAACCAUUUUGCAUUGUGUGUAUGUCGGAAGAAAUGUCAUACAUAUAGUCUGUUGGAUGAAUGAAAGCAUGUCAUUUGUGAAUCAUUAUUAUAAUGCAUUUGCAAGAGUGAAUAUAUCCAAUCAAAUAUUUUGUCAUGUUGCUAUUCAACUUUGUUCACAGUCAAAGGAGAAUGAUACCCUUCAUCUUGGUGCAAGUUAGCUUGUGUGAAAGCAGAAAAAUGAAAGAAUGAGUAAAUAUGGACAAGAAAUAAGGAAUUUAUGAGCAUUUGAGUGUUGGGAUUACUAAUGCUCACUGGCAAUGAGAACGAGAUCUGUGAUGUCACACAUGUACGGCUCUCCGCUUUGGUACUGAAAAUAUACCCUAAACAUCUCUUUUUGCUCAUUCUCUAAUAUGACGAAAAUUUCAUUCAGGAUACAAUGUUGUCAAACCUCAUUUAAACACUCGCAUAAAAAGAGAAGACCCAUUCAUGAAAAAGACUAGAUUCAUUAUUACAAUACAUACAGUAAAGUAAUUGAAAAGUGGUACAGUGUGUGACGUCACAGAUUUUGCAUUACCAAUAGAAGGAUCUACAUUGUAUUAGUGAUCCCAAUAUCCAAAUUCUCAAACUUUCAUUGAUCUUUCUAUUUCAUAUGAAUUCAACUGGUUUCCAAGGGUUUUUCUCCGUUAAGCAGCUUAUUUUUCAAGAGAACUAGAUUCAUGCACAACAUAAUUCUCUUUAAUCUAUCCUUACUGCCAUUUUCAAAUACUCUAUGAACUGGUUCAAACAUUUCAUCUAAACUGAAAUGCACAAUGUACAGGCAUGAAUAUUAUGGACUUCUGUAUUUUCCAAUUCACAUGCAUUUGUUAGUAGUAGGUAUAUGAACUCUUGCAAUUUCAAUAAAAGGGCAUUGUUUGAAAAUAUUUUUUUUCUUGAAAUUGAAUCUGAUUAUACAUACAUUUACUUCUGUUAGAUAAUUGAAUGGGAGUUCAGAUAUUCACCUUUCUAUUUUGGUGUAGACAAAACAAUUCACAUUAAAUAAAUAGGGAACUUCCCCUUUUGUUUGGGUUUAAACAGUGGGUCAGUAUUUGGGGUUUACUAAAGAUUAGUAGGUUUGAUAUAUAUAUAUUUUACAUUCAGAUUUUGACUUGCAAGGUGAUAUGGUAUGUGUGUAUUCCUAUGAUGCAGGAGUUUUGUAUUCCAAAGUCAAAACUUGCCACAAAAUGAAUGUUCACUGGAAAUAACUUGAAGUGCACAGUAUUAUUAUGACUACUAAGAUAACCGCAUCUUGAUCUAGCUCCUGAUGUCAAGUCUCAAAGAAUACACAAGCCCAUCAAAUAUUUGUCACACGACUUCAAUUACUGCUAUAUUAUGACCCAUUCAAGGCCACUCGUGAUUAUAAACGUUUUCUUGUAUGUAAUGCAAUGAAUUGAAUUUGUGAAGUAAUUUAUUGUACACACGUAAUGUUUCACUUGUAUCAUGUACAGUGGUGUGUAAAUGUAUUGUUUGAUCAGUGCAUAAUAAUAAAAUUGAUGAGUUACUAUGGAAUUAUAAGCAAGCUGUUGAAAGGUGAUUCAUUUCAUUUUGUGCUGUACAUUUGUACCACACACCCUCUUCCCCAUUCUCUGUUAUUCAUGCAAAAUCAUCUUAUCAUUGUCCCUUAUGUUGGUGAUUUUCGCAAAUAAUGUGAUUGGAUUUUAUAGCAACUUUGUCAAGUAAUACAAGAUGCUGCUUUAUAUGUUCCCCUAGGCCCUGCAUAAAAAAGAAUUGAGAUUGGUUGAUCCAGUAAUCAAAAACAUCUCAAAUGCAUAUUGUCCAUUAUUUUAAAAAUGUUUUCUAAACAUGAUGUAUAUUCAUGCGUGCACCAUUGUCUUGACAAUCUAGUAUGCCUCUCUUUGUUUCCUGUUUGAAAUAUUAUGACAUUUCCAUAGGUGAGGUUGAUCAGGGGCCAGUUUCAUAAGGGACUUGCAUCUGUUGCAUCUACCAUGGUAACAGGGCUCAGCAGCCAAUCAUAAUCAAGGUCUCCAUGAUGGUAGUUGCCACAAUGGCAAAGUUACAACAGUUGCAAGUCCUUAAGGAAACGGGCCCCAGAUCAAUCAACGUUCCACACUAAAACCAAAUUCCAAAGAAUCCAAACUGAUAUUUGAAGUAAAACAUAAAAGGUAGACUUUAUUGUCAAUAAAUGUCACAGAUUUUCAAAUAAAGAAAAAGAUUGAAAUACACACAUAUACAAACAUUAACUGAACAACAGAAUGUGUAUGGGCAGCAGUGAGAACUCUUGGUUGAUUACUAAGGAGACGGUUACUAGGCUCCUUUUACAAAACCAUCUUGUCAUCUAAUAUACAUGUAGCUAGCAUGUGUACAAAUGAAACGGUCUGAAUUGUGGUUGAAAUCACUUGUUAUUCAAUGGUGAUCAUCAAAAUAUUCAAUUACUAUAAGGAAAUCUAUAAUUCAGUCCCUUUUCAUUAGUGCAUCAACAAAAUCAGAUAUAUCAUCUAGAUUUAUUCCAAUACAAAUGAAACUUUUAAUCAGAAUACUGCUACUACAGCAUUGGAAUGUCCAAGAUAUCGAGCUUACAGAAUACAUGAAAGAAUCUAUCAAAAAAAGGUAGCUCAGACACAAAUGAGAAAAGUGUACUUGUGAUACUUGCAUACAUACUGUAUGCAAAAAAAAAAGAAUGCUGAUAAAGGUUAAAACAUGACAAAAAUAAUGAAACAUAAUCUGCAUUGGGUACUCAUUUUUCUUUGGAACUUAAAAAAAGGGAAGUACAGAAGUAUGCAAUAUAGAUCAAUAUAUUCUAGCACAAAUCAUUAAUUUUGCAUAAGACGAUAAGCCAAGUCUUUGUCAUAGUCAAAGAUGGUAAAAAAAAAACUGCUGAGCAAAUUCCACAAAAUGAUCAACUUUUCUGUACUGCCGAUCCCAGUGUAA